UUGGAUUUUGAGCUUUUGUGGGUUUCGUUCAUUGAUCGGUGAAUGUCAUUGGAUCGGCUGUUUGAAUCGGUAAUUUUGUGGGAAUUUGAGCUCUACCAGUUUAGAUGGACGAGUUGUGCAGAUGUUGGUGUUGUGAAAUUAGGGCUUUCAGUGGUUUGCUGUGAGUUCUUACUGGAAUACCCUAUUGUUCUUGUGGUUUUGCUUGAUUUGUCACGUAUUGGACUUUCACCUGUUGUUUGGUAAAUACGACUUUCGCCUUGGGUUAAGCAUCAACUACUAUUCUGUUUGAGUUUGCACUUUAACGGGAAAGGUUGGAUUUUGGGUUUGUCUUGUUGAUAGGUUGUGUGUGGUAUUUGAUAUUCAUAACCUCAGAUCUUCAACAAUUUGCUUCCAGGGACUUGUGAAAUUGCCUGUACAUAACUGCAAUAUUGUUGUUUUCCUAAAAAUAUAUACUGAAAAAACGGCGCUUGUUGCAACGGUGACCAAUCCUAGAAGCGAUAUCUCAUGUUAACUUUAGGUUGUUAUUACCAAAGCUUCCCUAAAAGACUAUCGACGUCGGAAUGAUGGUCUUUAGGUUGUUUUGAUAAAUUUUCUUUGUUUAAUCUUUGUCGUCUUUGCAAAGACAAAGAUCAUAUGCCACCAGGACAUUGGCUUGCCAAUGUCAAAGCUUACCGCAAUGGCCAGUGCAAACAUGAAAUUGACCAUUGUCUAGUGCUGGCACUGUUUAUAUUUUGCUACAUCAUUGACUCUACAAUUAAUCUUGAGCCCUUGUGAUAAUUUGCAAGUGUUGGUUCUACUUCUGUGAAGGAAACUGUGGCCCUCUUUGAAAAUGGCUAGUUGAGGAGUUGUCACUUGGAUUCACAGGUUUUACUUGUGUCUCCAUUCGAAGUCUUGGUGUGGGGCUCUAAUAUGCAAAAAUGAGUUGAGAUCAGUUUUCUUAUAUGAGUAGCGAUUGCAGAAGUUAACCCAAAAAGGCAGCUAAGGAGUUGUCAUUUGGGUACCACAAGAAUUGGCUCAAAAAGAUAAGGCAUGGCCAUGGAGGUUACCCAGGUUCUUUUGAAUGCACAAUCUGUGGAUGGAGCUGUGCGGAAGCAUGCAGAAGAAACCUUGAAACAGUUUCAGGAGCAAAAUCUUCCAGGUUUCCUGUUAUCUCUCUCAGGAGAGCUAGCUAACAAUGAGAAGCCUGUAGAUAGUCGUAAAUUAGCAGGUUUGAUCCUUAAGAAUGCCUUAGAUGCCAAGGAACAACAUAGAAAGUUUGAGCUUGUCCAAAGAUGGUUGUCAUUGGACAUGCCUGUAAAGAACCAGAUUAAGACAUGCUUAUUGCAGACCCUUUCUUCUCCUGUUCCUGAUGCUAGGUCAACUGCAUCACAAGUCAUCGCAAAGGUAGCAGGCAUUGAGCUGCCCCAGAAACAGUGGCCUGAGCUAGUAGCAGCACUCCUGUCAAACAUUCACCAGCUUCCAGAUCAUGUAAAGCAAGCCACUUUAGAUACUCUGGGCUACUUGUGUGAAGAGGUUUCGCCAGAUGCUAUAGAUCAAGAUCAAGUAAAUAAAAUACUCACAGCUGUGGUCCAGGGAAUGAAUGCAUCAGAAGUCAAUAAUGAUGUCAGGCUUGCUGCUACCAGAGCAUUAGGUAAUGCUCUGGGCUUUGCCCAGGCAAACUUUAGCAAUAAUAUGGAACGUGAUUAUAUCAUGAGAGUUGUCUGUGAGGCAACUCUAUCUGCAGAAGUGAAGAUUCGGCAAGCAGCUUUUGAGUGUUUAGUCUCCAUAUCUUCGAUGUAUUAUGAUAAAUUAGCUCCUUACAUUCAGGAUAUCUUUAACAUAACAGCAAAGGCUGUGAGAGAAGAUGAGGAACCUGUGGCUCUUCAGGCUAUUGAGUUCUGGAGUUCAGUCUGUGAUGAGGAGAUAGACAUCUUAGAAGAAUACGGGGGAGAUCUCACAGGGACCUCGGACAUUACCUGCUUCUACUUCAUCAAACAGGCACUCCCUGCCCUUGUUCCUAUGCUGUUGGAGACACUUCUUAAGCAGGAGGAGGAUCAGGAUCAGGAUGAAGGGGCUUGGAAUCUCGCCAUGGCUGGUGGUACAUGCUUAGGCUUGGUUGCACGGACUGUAGGAGAUGAUAUUGUCCCACUUGUGUUGCCAUUCAUUGAAGAGAACAUAUCAAGACCUCAUUGGAGGCAAAGGGAGGCAGCUACUUAUGCCUUUGGUUCCAUCCUGGAGGGGCCAUCACCAGACAAGUUAAUGCCUAUUGUUAAUGUUGCUCUAAAUUUCAUGCUCAAUGCCUUAUCUAAGGAUCCAAGUAACCAUGUAAAGGACACAACAGCUUGGACUCUUGGAAGAAUAUUUGAAUUCUUACAUGGUUCAACCAUUGAGACGCCUAUAAUAACUCAGGCAAACUGUCAACAGAUUGUCACUGUUUUACUUCAGAGCAUGAAGGAUGCCCCUAAUGUUGCUGAGAAAGCCUGUGGUGCACUUUAUUUCCUCGCCCAAGGUUAUGAGGAUGUGGGAUCAUCCUCUCCCCUUACUCCAUAUUUCCAGGAAACCGUUCAGUCCCUUCUCACUGUUACUCACAGGGAAGAUGCUGGGGAAUCACGAUUAAGAACUGCUGCAUAUGAGACCUUGAAUGAAGUGGUGAGGUGUUCAACAGAUGAAACUGCUCCCAUGGUAUUGCAACUAGUUCCUGUCAUUAUGAUGGAGCUUCACCAGACUCUUGAGGCACAAAAGCUUUCGUCUGAUGAGCGGGAGAAGCAGAAUGAACUACAAGGCCUUCUUUGUGGGUGCUUACAGGUUAUUAUUCAGAAGCUAGGAUCAUCAGAGACAACCAAGUAUGCCUUCAUGCAGUAUGUGGAUCAGAUCAUGAAUCUCUUCCUCAGGGUUUUUGCUUGUAGGAAUGCUACUGUACAUGAGGAGGCAAUGCUUGCCAUUGGAGCCCUUGCCUAUGCUACUGGGGCAGACUUUGCAAAGUACAUGCCAGAAUUUUACAAGUACUUGGAAAUGGGUCUUCAAAAUUUUGAGGAAUACCAAGUUUGUGCUGUCACAGUUGGUGUGGUCGGUGAUAUAUGCAGGGCAUUGGAGGACAAGAUAUUGCCUUACUGUGACGGGAUUAUGACACAGCUUCUCAAGGACCUGUCAAGUAACCAAUUACACCGCUCUGUUAAGCCUCCCAUCUUUUCAUGCUUUGGUGACAUAGCACUGGCUAUAGGAGAGAAUUUUGAGAAGUACUUGAUGUAUGCUAUGCCGAUGCUUCAGAGUGCAGCAGAGUUGUCUGCUCAUACAUCUGGUGCUGAUGAUGAAAUGACAGAGUACACCAAUCUUUUGAGAAAUGGGAUAUUGGAGGCAUAUUCGGGGAUAUUUCAAGGCUUUAAAAAUUCUCCUAAAACUCAGCUGUUGAUUCCUUAUGCACCUCACAUCCUCCAGUUCCUGGAUAGCAUUUACAUGGCAAAAGACAUGGAUGAUGUGGUGAUGAAAACUGCGAUAGGGGUCCUUGGAGAUCUAGCAGAUACUCUGGGAAAUAAUGCUGGUUCUUUAAUUCAGCAAUCUCUAUCGAGCAAAGAUUUCUUAAAUGAAUGCUUGUCCUCAGAGGACCAUUUGAUUAAGGAAUCUGCUGAAUGGGCCAAGCUGGCAAUCAGCCGUGCAAUUUCUGUUUGAGGCUGCUGCCACCUGGUACAUAGUUUUCCUUUUUGAAGCCCCUGCAUGCAUAUGGUCGUGUCAAGUCAGGGUCCGGGAUUUGCAUUCACCGAGUCGGGUUGUCACCAUUGUCAGGACAAGAGGAGUAACUGAUCUUCAAGUUGUCACUAACUCUUGCAUCAGCACCAUCGGGUCGUGUUUUGCAUGCAUUUUUCAGUUGUCAGGGGGUCCGGCAGCGGAGGCUUCUCCAAAAUGGUGGGGGUCAAAUCCUUAACUGAGAAGCAAGUUGGGCCGCUUGGGGAUUGAUUUUUCAUUGCUCUCUCAUAUCUGGGAUGUCAUCUUGAGAACAAAAACCUCUUUUGGUCCUGAUGCUGCCGUCUUCUCCAACUAAUUGAAGGCAUGGAAAGACGUCUGAAAACGGCCAGCCAGCCAGCCGGUUUGGUUCUCGCAACACUCGAGAGGAGUCAAAACCACCCCCACCCGCCGAGUUCUCAUCCCGUGUUUGUUCAUUUUACAUGUUUUUGAAGCCUCAUUUUGUUUUUUUUUGUGGGCUGGUCUUUGUCUUGCAUUGUCUCCUCAAGUCAUUAGAGUCUUGUCUGUAAUGGUCAGGUUGCAUAUUGUUUUAUUUUAUGCUCAACAGGUUGCUCUGUUGGCGUUAUUACAUCUCAGGAUCUUCACAAUCUCUCUUCUCACCUGUUUUAGCAUUAGCCAUUAGGCAAUUCAUUGAAGCAAACUGCAUUCAUGAAACCAUAUUUGCUACCUUCUUUUUCUUUUAAUUUUUUUUAUUAUAUUAGUCAAGAGUCUAAGGGGAUUAAACAAUCACUUAUAUGAGGAAUGUACGUAUUUGUGUC